AGCGUGUGGGGCUGAGAGGCGGGGAGAGGCGGGUCCAGAGUCCUGCCUGGGUCGGGAUGGGGCGGAGGGCGCCAUAGAGGCUCUCCGGGGGAGAGGUUCCCCCUGCCCCAAGCAGAUCUGGAUGGGGGGGCCCUUCUGGUCAUCAUGGAGGGGGUGCUGUACAAGUGGACCAACUACCUGAGCGGCUGGCAGCCUCGAUGGUUCCUUCUUGCUGGAGGCGUGUUAUCCUAUUAUGACUCAAGGGAAGAUGCUUGGAAAGGCUGUAAAGGAAGUAUCCAAAUGGCAGUAUGUGAAAUUCAAGUUCACCCUACAGAUAACACACGAAUGAAUUUGAUUAUCCCUGGAGAACAGUACUUCUAUCUGAAAUCCAAAAAUGCAGCUGAUAGACAAAAGUGGUUGGUUGCAUUAGGAACUGCGAAGGCCUGCCUGACGGAUAUCCGGACCCUGAAAGAAAAAGAAUUUACAGAAAACACAGAUGCCUUGAAAACAAAAAUGACAGAACUUAGGUUAUAUUGUGACCUCCUUAUUCAGCAAGUGGAUAAAACCAAGAAUGGAGUUGAUGUGGGAACACUGUUGAAAACCACUUGUACUACAUUCCUGACGACCCUUGAAGAAUGUAUGCAAAUUGCAAAUGCAGCCUUCUCUUCUGAAUUGCUUUAUGAGACAUCAUCUGAAUCUGCACAUUCAGCUCUCCAGAAACUAAACAAGCUCAAACUUCCCAGCUUAUUUAGCCGCAGCGUAGCAGAAAGGCAGAUGGAAAUUGAAAACUGUGAAAAUGGCUCUAUAUAUGCAAACACCAAUCUUCCUGAGCAAACCCCUGUACCCCUAAAAACUGAUGAGAUGGACUCUGAAAAAAAUAUUACAGAUGGUAGCAAAAAAGAUGAAAAAGACAAGAUGCUGCCAAAACAGAGCAAUCAAAGCAACAAACCUUUGGAACCUGUAGCAGAUUCCACAGACAAAUCAGCACCACUGGAAGAGGCAACAAACACAGAUUUAAUGACAUUCUUCAGUGCUAUGAGCAUUAGAUUUAGUGAUAUUGAGCUUUUUGAUGAUGGAGGAAUACCCACAGAAGAAUUUCUGCAAUCUUGUUAUGAAAUAGUUCCGGUCCUUGAUAAACUUGGAUCCACAGUCUUUGCUCCUGUUAAAAUGGAUUUUGAAGGAAACAUCAAGAAAAUAAAUCAGAAAUACAUAACCAGCAAAGAUGACUUCAAUACCCUUCAAAAAAUUAUCCUACAUGAAGUAAGCACUGGAGAUGCACAAAUUCGACACUCUGCCACAGAGGCCCUCCUUUGGCUUAAAAGGGGUUUAAAAUUUUUGAAGGAGUUUUUGACCGAGCUAAAGAAUGGAGAAAAGAACAUUCAGACAGCACUGAAUAAUGCUUAUGGCAGAACAUUACGACAAUACCACGGCUGGGUUGUCCGAGGCGUUUUUGCGCUAGCACUAAAAGCAUCCCCCACCUAUGAAGGCUUUGCAUCGGCACUAUCAGUUCAAGACUGUCGAUAUCAGGAAGAUGCUUUUUAUAAUAGCAUGCAGAGGGACCUUGACAUCUACCUACCUGCCAUGGAAAAACAGCUCAACAUCUUGGAUGCACUGUAUGAAGAACAUGGGUUGGAAUCCAACGAAGUGGUGUGAUUGCUAGCCAAAACAGUGCCUCACAAAUUCAGGGAUUGUGUCUGUUAACAUAGCUUUUUCCUAGAAGUCCAUUUCUGUUUCUUUGUGUGUUUUUUCCUGUACUUGACAAGGGACAAAGAGCUUCCUCUUUUUACAUUUUUAAAUGCUUGUUUGUGUUUAACCGAGAAGGUGCUAUAUAUUCUGGCAAGAUUGUGUCUUCCUUUAUGGCACGUAUUUUUUAACCAGAUUUGGUGAUAUUUACUGUGUGGCAGGCAAUCUGUAGUAGUGGGUCCAACAGCUGAACAGCCACAAAGUUCAGUACCAUUGUACUAAAUUGCUCAGAGCCUACAGUUCCCAGGAUCCUCCAGUCUGGAUAGCCACUGGCCAUGUUGCCUUAGGAUUCUGGGAGUUUUUGACCAGAAUUGAGAUAAGGACAGCCGCAUGCAUAAAUGUCUCUUACACAUACGGAUGGGCCUUUAUUGGUGCCCUUUCUCUCUGCACAGAUCCCAAAGGUUCCUUCCCAUCUUAGUGCAAAAUCCAAAGCUACCUUGCACAGCCAUUCCAUUGUGCAUCUGGAGGGGUAUCCGGACCUUCUCUGAUUUUGCCAGCUGUUCUUGAAGGAUGAAAUGAGUGUGGAAGGGAGCUUUGGGGCUUUAAGGUAAGUCGGGAGGGUGGUACUGGCUCAAAGAAGCUCAGAUCUGCAUGUGGAUAUUUAUGGUACUCUGAAGGGCCAUUGAAUUAAGGCCAUAAUACAAAAAGUAGUCUGACCUUGCCAUGUGCUUGUUCUGUGUUGGUCAAAUAAUUACCGAUUCAGAUCAACAAGUGGAGAACAGUGGUGUCACUGGGCAGGUCUGGGGGAUACAUACUGUGCCAGGUGACACCCCACAGAAGGGAGGACAUCUUGCUGAGAUGGAUAGGUGAGCAUGCCCCUUGUAUCUUUGCCGCAGCCCUGAGUCUCUCCCUGCGAAGGGAGCUUGGGUGGUAGCAAAGCCAUGAAAAGCAAACAGUGGGGUAAGCAGGCCACUGCUCCCUCCCUCAGUACCCCCUCAAACACGCUAGGUGUCAUCAAACCUGGUGACACCACUGGUGCAGGAUUCAGUUUUGCAACUCAAAAUUUAGGCCCUGUUUGAAAGCCCUGUGUCUCAUGCAAGCUAGUGCUCAUUCAAGUCUUUCUUGAAUCAGAACCAGAAUCUAUGAAUUAGUAUCACAACUAUCCCCAGUCUCCCAUUAUAUCCAUCUACAUCAGGGCAGCUUCAAUUUGCAGUAGCUAAAGAUCUGUCCCAUUCUCUGUCUCAGAUUUGCCCUGAUCCAUUGAUUACCCAUUUGUAAUGUAUAUAGGUUGGCGAGAAAACAGAGACACAAUUUACCAUAUGAUACGUAGAAACAUAGGCACUAGGAGAACAUGCCUGUUUGUCCCAGCAUGCUGCAAUGAAGUUUUUCCCAAACUCUCUCAAGUUAAUUUGAUUUGGAAUCAAUAGGAUAAUUUACAAGUUGGAAGGCUCCAGGACUGCAGCCUUAAAAGUAGGAGUGGAUAUUGGACAAUAAUUCUCCCUAUGCUAUUGACUGUGCUGCUUGGAACUGAUGGGAAUUGGUUUUGUUCUUGGAGACCAGUGGUUCCCUAACUUUGAUCCUCCUAGUUUUUUGAACUUCAACUCCCAGAAGCCUAGCCAAUUUGACCAAUAUUCAGGAAUUCUGAGAACUGAAGUCCAAAACAUCAGGAGGACCAAAGUUUGAGAACCACUGUUGUAGAACUUGUGUGAAACUAAAGCAGUUCCUGUCUUUAUAGGAUCUAUGCCAGUAUCAACUCGAUUACAAAAGACUGAAUUGGGAACAAAAUCUGAGCUGGAGGACAGUGAUUUAAAGUAGCUGGAUUAAAUUUAAGUAGUCUGUUUUCUUCCUACAGUUCAACAGUAUACCUCAGGUAUUUAGAGGUUAGGGUGAACAGAUCUCUGUAAAAUUAUACAGUAAAAUUCAGCUCUGCAUGAAAGAUAAGUAAUCAGUACAUGAAAUAUACACAGAUUUUACUAGUGUUAUUAUUAACCUUUUUUUUAAACUUUGAGGGACAAGUGAAUUCAGAAUUUGACUUUUGUCAUAGUACAGAGUUAUGAGGAGGGAAAUAUAUCUGAAGGUCUUCACACCAAUAUAUUGACAUUGCCAAAAAAGGGAUAAAUUACUUUGCUGUCACCUUUCUUUCUCCCUUGCCAAAAAGUUACCAUUGUACCCUCUCUCUCUCCCUUCAAGUGGUUCUUCUGUCUGUUUGUCCUUUAUCCUACUGCAUCACACUCUUCCUUUACAUGAGAUGAAUAUUUUGCUUUCUGUAAAUAGAUAGGAGUUGUAUGUUGCAAAAAGAGAAAUACAGAGGCUUAGGAAGAUAUUAUUUUAUAUAGGAGAAAGUUGGGAGCCAUAAAAAAAACUUGCUGGAUAACCACAUGCAGUGGAGAUAACUGUGUCCAUGUGGGUCACAGGUGGGCAAUUGUGUUCUUAGAAAUGCUUUUGGUCCUCAGCUCCCAUCAGCCCUAGACAGCAUAAUCACUGGUGAUGGAUCAUGGGGGCCAGAAUUCUAACACAGCAAGAGGGUUACUCACUCUUAAUGUAUGUUACUAUCCACACACCAGGAGCGUUCAGGAAAGCACAUACAUAACUGUCACAGAAAUAUGCCAAUCCACUCAGUCAUCCAGUUUAUGCAGCCAUGUUAUUUGAAUCUGUCGCGAGGCCUAAUUACAUGCUGUUUUAAAUUCUUAAGAGAAAGCAACAUUUUAAAAAAUACAAGUCAAGUGCAGAGAGGUGAAUUUUAAAAUUAUUAUUCAUUCCAAGGUGAUGUGUUUUCUUCCAAGAAAGUGACAGGAGUGAAAUAUUGCAUCUUUUUUCCCUGCACUGUAAUCUUGAUCAGGAUUUGACCAUAUCAGCUUUAUUUAAACACAAAUACUCUGAUGAUCUCAUAUAAGUUAGGCCCUUUGUGUCAGCUGAAAAAUGGAAUGUGAAGGAGAGAGAAUGCAAUUUACUAUUUUUCCUGUUUCAGCCCAGGAGGACUGGAAUUAAUAUCUUAAUUUCUAUCACUAUCAAGAACAAAUGUGGUUAGAAAAUUGAUUAAGUGCUGUCAAAUGUCUAGAUUCAUGCAGAAUACUUUCUCUCAAAAUUGUUUUAUAAAGCCAUAUUAUACUGUA